AUGCUGUCCAAUAACCCCCAAACCAGCAAUCUUCAUGCCCGUCACAGAGCACACCGACGCCAAAAUUCGACACCGACGGCAUUCGAAGCAGUGAAGAUCCAGCCCUUGCCCCAAAAUGUCCAGCGUCAGCGAGCUCUCGGCCACCGCCGAGGCGUCAGCCUGGAUACAAGACGGCAGGACUUUGCACCGCAUGUACUGCGAGAAGCGCAGCAGCAACGCAUUCAAGCACGCCCGGGCCCCCGCCAGCAGGCACACCUUCGACAACACUCACAACAACAAAUUCACCGAAGACAGCAAAUGUACAUGGCCUCGAAUGACCAUGAAAACUAUCUCAUGUCCCCCCACGGAACGCCCCAGGCUCAGCGCUUCGACGCCUCAUGUUUCGACUCAUCCCCCAUACAGUACAACCAGUAUGGCAACCAGAUGAAUGACAUGAUGGCCAAGAGCCAGCAGGCCUAUGCGGCUAACAUGGGAGGCAACAAAGACUUUGAGCUCUUUGGUUCUGACAGCGCUCUCUCGACCCCUUCUUUCAUGAACUUUAGCGACACUCCCAAUACUCCUCAGGGCUGGAUCUCAGAGGACGAGACCGCGAGCACAAGGCGGUCUUCGCGGAGAAUCAGCAAUGGUAUCAUGGACAGAGUUAACAAAUUCGAGACUAUGGGCGUUGAGCAGAUGCAAAGACCAAUGACACCACCCCGCCAGGAUGCAAACAACUACUUCCCCCCUACACCCAUGGAGACACCCCAUGACAGAGCCGUCAAGCACGAGCCCAUGUCUGCCAGGCCGAGUCGAUUCGCUGAGGGCUACGAUGAGUCCAUGGAGGAAACACUCAAGCCCGUGAGGAGAUCAAACCAACGCACACAGAACAUCUUUGAGGAAAUGCGGAAGCAGUCGGAGCAAAACGUGAUGACGGUUCCUCAGCAACCCUCCCAGAUGCCAAAUGGUUUGUACGACCAGGUUGUACCGACUCCGGACUUUAUGAACAUGAACAACUUCAACAAUGAGUUCAUGAAGAUCCAGGAGAUUCAGGGAGGCUACGACGGCGUCUCCGACGAUCUCCACGUCUCUUCCGACAUGUCUCAGCAAUCGACUCCUCACACCCCUCUGAUGAACUUCCACAGCGCAUUCGACAACCGGCCUGAUCUCCACCACCCCAAUAUGACCAUCGGUUCUAUCUCGCCUUCCAGAUCCUUUGACGACAGAUCCUUUGAUGAUUCUCGGCUUUCUUCAACUCAUCGUCGUACUGAAUCUCUUGCUAGCAUUGCCAGUGCCGCGAGCAUUGCAAGCAUCAACAUCGAGGAAACCAAGACCGAAACGGGCGUUACACUUGAUGAUAUUGCUACUUACAUCACAGGGCCCGAUCCGGCAGACGGAAAAUGGACUUGCACUUUUGAGGACUGCGGUAAGAAGUUUGGGCGCAAAGAAAAUAUCAAGUCCCACGUUCAGACGCAUUUGAACGACCGACAGUACCAAUGUCCUUCUUGUAAGAAGUGCUUCGUUCGCCAGCACGACUUGAAGCGGCAUGCCAAGAUCCACACCGGUAUCAAGCCUUACCCCUGCGAAUGCGGCAACAGCUUUGCCCGCCAUGAUGCCCUUACUCGCCAUCGUCAACGUGGUAUGUGCAUUGGUGCGUUUGAUGGCAUCGUCAAGAAGGUUGUCAAGCGUGGCCGUCCCCGCAAGCACCGGCCAGAGAUGGACGAGCGCGUCAAUAAGUCAGCCCGCACAAGGACCAAGAACAAGUCGACCACCUCCACCUCAUCGCAAUCCGGUUACUCGGAUAGCUCGGCGGUCAACUCCCCCGAGAAUGACUUCAACAUGAUGUCUGAUGACCAAUUUGAGAUGGGCGACAUCAGUAUUGAACGCCGAGGCUUCGACAUGCCCCUUCAAAUCACCACAAGCUCAUCCGCACCGAUGCCCUCUUCGCCCCCACGACUUCACCGGGAAUCGCACUUGGAACCUUCGCCGGCUGCGAGCCACCAUUCCGAAUACGUGUCACCGGAGGCCCUGAUGGAGGCACCCGUCUCGUUGCCCCAGCAACCAGAGUCACCAGCAAAAAGCGAGUACAACACCCCACCGGAACUUUCCCAGUCUUCAUCGCCACCACCCAAUCAGUUCUUCGACGCCGAGCCCAACCAUUCUGGUUUCAGCGACGACUCGCUGCUGGCUGGAAUGAGAGGUAACGCUGGUCCUGUUGGCAACACCAGCAUCUCGAGUCUGGGCCUGGGCGAUCCCGAUGAUGAACUGCUCAUGAAGGCUUUCACAAGCGAGGACGGGCUAGUCCAGUUCGACCGCGAAUCCAACAUGCUUAUGAUGAGCAAGUUUGACGAAGAAUUUGACGACGCAGUCAACAUGUUUACCAACAACGAUGACGUUUUCUUCGGCAGCUCAUGA